AAAUGUAACCUUCAGUAUUGUCAUGUCUACUGUUUUUGAGCACAACAUAAAAAUUGCAUAAGUUUUUGUUCAGUUUUACAUACUUUUCAUUUAGUAUUUAUUUUUUUCAUCAAGAUCAUUUUGUCAAUUGUUUUAUUUUAUCUUCACUUGGUAUCUCCCCAUUGGCAAUGUUAUAAUUCUCUGUCUAUGGCAACGUCAGAUACCCCCAGCACACUAUUAUGCACUGAUUGAUUGAGUGGUGUGGUACAUUUUGCUAGGAAAAUCUUGUUAUCAUGAACAAUUAAUAAGGUAGUUUCAUAGGUGCCGAAUGGUGACCUCUUGGGAUUGGAAGACCAUGAUAUUACAUCAUGUGUUCCUCUAUAUUUAUUAAAAAAUGUAUGCUGUCAUGAUUAAUUUUCUAAAUUUAAAAUGCAAUAAAUUGUUGUAUGCAAUUUCAUUUGAAGAAGAGUUUUCUCCCCUACUGCAUAAUGUCCAUGAAAAAUAGAAUUUGUUUGUCAAUUUUCCCAUUGUACUAAUGUAGUGUAAACAAAAAAUAAGAAUACGGCAGACCAUGGUUUAUUUUGGCUUAUUAAACAUAAUUGUAACAUUUACAUCAAUGAAAUCAUGAUUUGUACGGAAUCUGGUUGACAGAAGAAAGAAAAACUUUGAUGAUUUUCAUUCUAAUACAGUAAUAUAGGCACCAAAUUGUAAUUUGCAGUCUCCACAUUAACUUGUGCAAGAGCAAUGUCAGAAAUUAUCCACAUAACAGAAAUUCCAAUUCCAAACAAGCCUCUUCAAUAGUUUUUACUUUGAUGACAUUUCUUUGAAGAAUCAUAAGACUGAGUGGUUUUGUGGGUGCUGGGUAAUUACAUGGCUUCUGAUGAUACAGGAUGAAAGCCAAGGCAUGAAACCAGAGAAGAUUCAUACAGCAAUUAGCUGAUUAUUUUCAUUGUUUGUUUCAGAGCUAUGGAAAAAAAACCAUCAGAUUUUCCUAGCCAUUUGAUUGCUUGGCUUGUAUUUUUCUCUUUGUACUACAGAUUUUUUACGUCUUAUGUUUCAUCAUAAAAACUUAAAUGACAUAAAGUUUUUAUUACUGCAGUUUCUAAUUACUCCAACUAGAGGUGAUUGCAAAAGGCACUGUAUUUGAUGUGCAUGAUAAUUAUAAAUUAUAAUGUUUAAAGAGAAAAAUAUAACUUGUAUUUCAGAAUAUGUAAACUUAUACAUGGCAAACAGAAGGUAGUGCAUAUCUCCUAUCAAAUAUUCUCCAAAUUCUUAAUCUUUCUUACCCCAAAUAUAAUAUACAUUCACUCAUGCCAUGUUCUCACCAAUCAGAAGGCAGUAUUUCUUUUUAAGAUUCUCAUCUGAGUUGCUUGUAAUUUUUAAUUUGAAUUUUUCAAAACAAAGCAUUGUGGUGCCAUUUUUUCCAACUUCUGACGCAUCUUGCUGUGUACAUAUUCAUGUAAAUGAAUAACAUUCGGUCAAGGGGUUUCAAACUGGAGUUGGCAGAGAUGAGAAUCUUAAAAAACUAUGGCCUAAGAGCUGAUUCCUUGCUGUACAUGUAUGCUUGUUUGCGGGCUGUGUAACUGACCAUGGUUUCUUCAUUCUGUCACUGUGGCCACUCUAGCAUGUUUGAGAGUCGUGUGGAGCCCAUGGUCAGCCAACGGUCAAGCCCACUCAUGGCUGCCAGCUGGGACCCCGCAACUGCUGCCAAACGUGACAAGGAUUUUCAUCGAAUAUUGCCUACUAUACUCGUGCAGUAUGUCCGCAAUUCUCUCCCAGUAUACUUGCCUGCCAGACGAAAACAAGCCAACCUGGAUGACAUGCUGUAUGCGGCUUCAGACGAGAUGGUUGGAACCCUUAACCCCGUCCCUGAGAAUGCGGUGACCAAAACCAAGGUGCAGACGGGGCCUCCUGUGAUGAGCCAGAGUGCCCCACCCCCUGCUGUCCCUGGUGGUGGGGACAACUACCUCAUGCCCCCUCCCACCGUUCCCCCACCACACAGGACCCUCCCACAGAGGCCAGCGAGUACUUCCAGACUGCCCAGUGUGUCUCCCAGCAUGCGGAGGAAGGACAACAGUAAGCCUAGCCCUAGCCCCUCCCCAGUCCUACGACGUAAAAACAGCUUCACCCUCCCAGCCAGGUCCAACUCUGUGUAA